AUACGUAUACAAGGAAACCCAUAGCUCACUGGAGUAAAGUCAGUAGGCUUCAGGAAAGCAGCCGUUUCAAGCUGAUGCAGAAGACAGCUAGAAAUUAUAUCAACAAAAGAUGGGAACAUUUGGCGGGCAUAUCUUACCUGGUUCGUUCUUCAUCUUGUUCGCCACCUGGUGGACAAUAUCUCUCUUCAAUCGUUACUUCCGCACCCUCAACCGACGAAGUCCUCUAGUUCAGUUCUGUGCUAGCGCUACUUUUCCAUGUCGCUGUUUUCCGCAUGUACCUGUUGAAGGAGUUAUGAAGGUGUUGUUUUGUGCUAUUGGGAUUACAGGAGAAGCUGUGACAGCGUUCGACAGUGAAGGUCGAUUUACUGCCAUGGUGAAUGCACAUCAUAUUACAAUGUUCUUCUUCUUUGGAGUGAACGGAGUAGUCGAUAUCUUUCAUUUCUACAAGUUACCAAUUCCGCCUGAUUCGGACUACGUUUCUAUGGUGAUGGCAUUGAGUGUUGAAGGAUUGUUAUUUCAUUUUCACCUCCAUGGGCGUUCAGAUAUGGAUGCUCAUGUGCACACGCUAUUGUUGUACACAGUAGUUGCUAGCGCCAUCGUGUUGGUUGUAGAAAUUAAUCACAGAGAGAACGUCCUUGUCGUUCUACUUCGUGCCUUUUUCACUCUUUUGCAAGGCACUUGGUUUUAUCAGAUUGGCUUCAUCCUAUAUAACCCUUUUCCAGGCGUAUUGCCGUGGGAUGCUAACAACCAUCAACAGAUCAUGUUGGUUACUGCCAUCUUUGCCUGGCAUAUGGCUGCCAUCAUCGUUUUUAUGGGGCUGAUUGGAUUCAUGGUCUGGCUUAAAGAGCGCCCUCUUUUAAAUAGUGCAAGGUUCUACAGUGAUGUCGAGCAAAAUUCCUUUCACGUGGAAACAUUACAAUGUAUGACCAGCAUGAAUGACAACUCGGAAAUCGACGAGAAGCACGCUUGUCUAACUAGCUUAGUUGGAAAUGAGGAUGACCUCUAAUAUAAAGUAACAACUAAUAUAACUUGUCCGUCAAUAAAGCGAUAAUAUACUUAACCGUCCUAUUCAUAUUUCAAAGGAAAGAAUUAUUAAGAUAAAAUCUUAAGUUUUUCACACUUUUCAUGGUAAUCUAAGCCUAAAUAAUCUAAAUUAUUGUUUCUUCUAUUCUUUUAUCGAGCGUAAUUUUAAGUUUCUAGUCAUUUAAUAGUAUGUAGUUAAGCACAGAGCUACAACAUGGACUAUCUGUGCUGUACCCAUCACAAGUAUCGAAACCUGGUUUUUAGCGUUGUAAGUCCCCAGACAUACCGCUGUGCCACUGGGAGGUAUCUGUAAGUGAUAAGACGACGGAAAAUAUGUAAUUAUAAAACACAGUAUUAGAAAUGGAUAGUGUUAUAAUAUUAUCUAUAUAUAAAACUCAAAAUCUCUCUGUUUGUUUAUUUGCUGCUUGUUUGUUCGCCGCGUUCACUGCUCAGUUUACACUUCUCCAUGUGAAGGUGCGCAAAAUGAAAAAUUUUUGUUGAUAUUCGCGACUAUUGUCUGCUAGCCGAACGGGUAAUUUUAACGUUAACAUAAGUUCUACGCAGAUUUGACAUUUUUGGGUAAGUUUGAGUUGACAUUUUAUUUAGAAUAUAGCAUUAUAGGCCUAUUUAGUUAUAGAUAAUUAACUAUACUUC